CGUAUCCUUCCGCGGAGCGUCGCGAGCGUGUGCUGAGGGAGAAAGGGACGGCGCCAUAUUGGGAGGGAUCGUAUUGUUUUUCUUUGGUAGAUAAACGUUUUGAAUGUAACCAGUAGCAUUAGUUGGUGAACGUUUAUAGAUACAGCAGUGCUAAAGGAUUUCUUUCAUAUCACCUAACGAAUCCUUACAAAUUCUCAACGGCGUUUGUGAGACUUCUGGUUGAAAAUGUCUGGCGGUGUAAUUCGAGGGCCUGCAGGGAACAACGACUGUCGGAUAUACGUAGGUAAUUUACCCCCCGAUAUUCGCACCAAGGACGUAGAGGAUGUGUUUUAUAAAUACGGAGCCAUUCGGGAUAUCGACCUUAAAAACAGAAGAGGAGGUCCGCCGUUUGCAUUCGUGGAGUUCGAGGACCCGAGAGAUGCAGAGGAUGCUGUACAUGGACGAGAUGGCUAUGACUAUGAUGGCUAUCGUCUUCGAGUGGAGUUCCCAAGGAGUGGCAGGGGAGGUGGAAGAGGUGGAGGUGGAGGAGGUGGUGGUGGAGUUGGAGCUCCCAGAGGCAGAUAUGGCCCUCCAUCCAGGCGUUCAGAGUACAGGGUCAUAGUGUCAGGACUUCCUCCUAGUGGCAGCUGGCAGGACCUUAAGGAUCACAUGCGUGAAGCAGGUGAUGUAUGUUAUGCUGACGUUUUCCGGGACGGCACCGGCGUUGUGGAGUUUGUGCGCAAAGAAGACAUGACCUACGCCGUUCGAAAGCUGGAUAACACUAAGUUCCGGUCACAUGAGGGGGAGACGGCUUACAUUCGCGUAAAGGUGGAUGGCCCGCGCAGCCCCAGUUAUGGGCGUUCGCCCUCUCGCAGCCGCAGCAGGAGUCGCAGCCGGAGCAACAGCCGCAGUCGCAGCUACUCCCCACGCCGCAGCCGAGGAUCACCACGUUACUCGCCCCGCCACAGCCGCUCCCGUUCCCGCACCUAAACAUCCACAUCCCAGCUAGUUGGCUGGCCACAAUCAUAUACACCCUGUGUCGCCCUCUAUUGGACCCACUGUUGUACUUCAUUGUUCUCUUGACUUGUUUCGUCUCUCCACUUUCCCCAGGUUGCUUUCUCUCAUUUUUGGUUUGUUUUAUUUUUUUUAGGGACUGUCAUUCUGCUAAUGACAUCUACGUGUAGCUAAGUAGAUGUUCUCCUUUCUCUUCUUUCUUUCCCGUCAAUCCUCUUUUUUUUAUUUUUGUUUGUUGUCUCCUAUCCCAUGACCCUGUUGUGUCUUUGUCUUGCAUUCCCAUUUUAACUGGAUCUUCAUACUCAUCCCUUGUGACACAAGGAACAUGUUGAAAUGCUUUAAAUAGUUGUAUUAAUUAAUUAAUACUGUUUUAUUUUGUUAAUGAUGCUUCAUUA